AUGCUCCUUGAUUCUGACGUUAGCCUAACUGAAGAGGCAAAGAUCGCCAGUCUGAGGCUGGCGAACGAGUGUGUCACGCAUGGCGAGUCUUUGAAUUCGGGGCUUAAAAACUAUUUCAAUUCUCCAGUGCGUAUUCGCAGUGGGAUAAUCUGUUUAAGGGGUACCGAGUUGAGACAUUGGCGCACCUCACUCUACGCUCAGGUUAAUGGGGUUGCCUCCAACUGUGGCAUCUUUGAGCCACUGGAAGCCAUGAUGGUCGAGACGGGUCUUGAGUCGGCUCCAGGCAAACUGGAAGCGCCGAUGUUCUCAUCUUUUGUGGAAAGCCCAGAGGAAGGCAUUAAUGAAGCCGCCUCACCUCAGGGUUCAGGCUCAGAGCAUUCCAGAAGUGUUGAUUUCUCGAGACUGCUACUCCAUUCAGAAUUGAAUGCCACAAAGCCAACCUGA